GUAUAGCCAAACGCUCCUCGAGGACGAACUCGCGGCAUAAGCGUGCCAGGUGAACCCACAUUCCGGUUGCGCGUGUGGAAUUGCCGCCGACCUUUCACUCAGCCGCCUUUUUCGAUUCUCGAAGCUGUCAGUCUCUCAUUAGCAUCCGGCACGCACGUGAGGUAAGCUCUCUCAGAGAGCUAUCGUACCUCCCUGACACCCUCUCGAGAGGCGCGACCAGCAGAAGCUUUCCUGGCGUGCUGCGCUCGUUCAUGCGGCAGCCCGACUCGAGACAACCUCACGACAGCCCUACCGCACAGGGUCAGCAUAUUUUCCAUCGCAAGGAACCCGUCAACAUACUCUCGCCUUCCCGUGCUGGUCCAUGUGUCCGGUCACCUGAAGUGAGCCCGGCGUGAUCUUGCCGCCGCCCAUUGCAUCACAAACUUCUCCAGGCUCUGGCAAUUUCAACAAAGCGCUAUCCCCCACCGCUACUCGCUGGCUCGUUCCUUAUUUCGCCAUGGUGUUCUCCGCGAGGGAGAUGUUGGCCAUUCAGGUCUCUGAGCGGACCAUGUCUGUUCUGAGCAUUCUAGGUUCACUCUUUAUCAUAUCAACUUUCCUUCGAUGGCACUACUUUCGGAAGCCUAUCAACCGCCUAGUCUUCUACGCGUCCUUCGGCAACAUGCUGACCAACAUCGCCACUCUGAUUUCAACUUCUGCCCUACCAAGCCAAAGCGCUCCGUUCUAUGCUCUGUGCGAGUUCCAAGGCAUCUUGAUACAAUGGUUCAUGAUGGCAGAUACGCUCUGGGUGUUCAGCAUGGCGUUGAAUGUUAUGUUAGUGUUCUUCCGUGGGUAUGAUUCGAGACAGCUCCUCCGACUCGAGAAAUGGUACCUCCUGUUCAGCUAUGGUGGACCCGGAGUAAUCGCCAUCGCAUAUAUAAUCAUGAACCAUCAUGGUCCGAAUACGAAGAAGGUCAUCGGUCCUGCAACCAUCUGGUGUUGGGUUGGCAAAGACGUCGAAUGGAUGCGAAUCGCCUUCUUUUACGCACCUAUCUGGGUCAUCAUUGGCGCCACGAUGUGUAUCUACAUCGCCACCGGACGGCAAAUCUUCAAGAAGCGUGCAGAGCUCCGUUCCUUUUCCAAGAUACCUGACCAAGAGCUCGGCACCACGCUCACUAAUCCUUUUACCGCAAUGGACUUUCGAAAUAUCAAGGUUGAAACCGAGAUGAAGGUAGAAACAUCAUACAAGACCACUUCUAGUGAUCAAGACUCGCUCGCUGCGUAUCCGCCCUCGCGUGGCUCGUUUUCCAGCACCAAGGAGUUGUCCGAACCAGCGGAUAUUUCACCACCUUCCAUGCCUUUCGACAAUACAAAGACCAGCCGGCGCGAAGAUGGGCCUCGCACAGGAUACAAGGCCACCGCCUUCUCGACAAGCCAGGCACCAGACCCGGACGUAAAGCACUCCCAGUCCUUCACCAUCCAACACAACCCCAACCGCCGCCGUACCGCCGCAACGGAAGGCAACGCGGCAGCAUGGGGCUACUUCAAAGUUGCCUUCCUCAUGUUCGCCGCCUUAUUUAUCGUCUGGGUGCCCUCAACCGUAAACCGCCUCCAGCAAUUUAUCGACAAGGAACAUCCCAUCUUCGGCCUAAACCUGGCCUCGGCCCUGGUCCUGCCUCUCCAGGGCUUCUGGAAUUCGAUGAUAUACAUCUCAACUACAUGGCCCGAAUGCAAGCGCGCGUUGGCGGAUACGCUGGAUGCACUGUCCAGCCGCAGGACUGCACGCAGAGAUCAGCGCCCAUACGCAAAGAAAGAUUUCAAUACGUCGACUACGAAGGAGGUACGGGGUUCUGAGGCGCCGAUACCGCUGGGUGCGGUGCGGACGAGGCCGGAAUCACAGCGGCAUCUGCAGUACAUGUCCAGCGCGGAGAGCGUGAGGGCGGCCGCGGGUUGAUGCGAGUCACUCAUUGUGCGAAUCCCGGCUGAGAAUGCCUGUGGUGA